GAGAGAGAGAGAGAGAGAGAGAGAGAGAGAGAGAGAGAGAGAGAGAGAGAGAGAGAGAGAAGGCGGGUGAUGACAGUGUACGAGGUGGAAGAGCUAUGGCGGCGGUUGGGAACGUCAGCGGAAGCAAGGAGCGUGUACUUGGACGCGACACUGAGGACGAUAGGUUGAGGCAGCAAAAGGGAGGUGCGGAGAGGAGGGAGGAAACUCGCAUCUGUGUGGCGGAUGCCGAUGACUUGAUGUGCUGCAAGAAGCCCAUGGGCAGCGCGUCUAUUUGCAUUAGCCGAGCUGGCAUCUCGCUGUUUGGCCAAGCUGAGCCGGCGAUCACAACGGGGAUGUCAGAUAGCAGAGGCUGUGCCACAUGCGCGAUCAGCGAUGUCGAGAGUGACGGUGCGAGUGAAACCAGCGGGAAGGAGGCCCAGAGAGAAGGAAGAGGAGAGAGAAUGUCUCUUGAAGUGGGAAGUAGCGUGGGAGAUGGAGGGCUCUCAGAUCACCGCUGCCUGUCGGGGAGAGGGGGGAAGCUGGCCGCCGCAGCGGAGGGAAGGGACCAGAGUGCGAGUAUUACGGUGUCGUCAACAUGGACGAUGGGGGACAGGAUCGCCCAUGCUCGCGCGGUUGAUGGGAGAGGAAAUCCUCGUGUGGAGGAGGAGGAGGAGGAGGAGGAGACGGAGGUGACCUCUCUCUCGAAGAGACACAAAACGCCGAUGUCAGCGACCGUUGCUGCUGACUAUGGCCACUCGGUGACGAUUGUAAGAGUCCGAUCCGAUCCCGAUCCCGAUCCCGAGCCCGAGCCCGAUGCAGCGAUGUGCUACGGUCCGUCUUCUUCUUCUCCUCUCCGAGGCGCUGGCGAUGAAGGUGCUGGCGGGAUCGGGAUCGGGAUCGGCCGUUCGAGGUCGUCGAACGAAGACGAGGAGUUGAUCCUGGAGGAGGGAAGGCCGCUGGCGAUCGCGAGCCGUCGAGCUUCGUUGACGUCAACGGGAAUGCAAGCGACGGACGGUGAUGGUUGUGCACCGACAUCGAAGGAGGAUGUCGUUGGGGGGGCGGGAAAUCCGGCGGCGGCGGAGGGUAGCGACGAUCCGGCCGUGGCGGCGGCGGCGGCGGCUGUAGCGGCGGGUACGAACCAARAGUCGACUACAGCGUACGACGAGGAGGAGGCGGCCGCUUCGGGUACGGUAUGUGGACCAGCGGGAUCUGGACAGGAGGAAGAGGUCUGCAGAGUCUGCCAGUGCGCCGAGGCUGAUGAAGAGGGGGCAAUGGCGAUGGCAGCACUUGGAAUCUCCCCGAAUUCUAUGUGUCGCUGCCACGUGGACAGUCGUUCGCGAUAUCGGCGGCAAUCUUCCAGUCCAUCCAUUUCCGGGGAAUGGACCUCAGCGGCAGGAAGAUCGUGGAUGGACCAGGACCUGGAGAAGGGUAGAGGACGAGUAAGCAUGGCUGCAGGGGGAGUCGGCGACCCGAGGCCCGGGACCGCUGUGGCUCAGAGGUGGAUACCACCCACGGCAGCAGCAGCAGCAGCAGCGGGAGGGGGAGGGGGAGGGGGAGGAGGCCCAUCGGGAGGCGCCGUAAUCGGCAAUCCCGAGGUGAACGGGAGGGGUGUGCUGAUGCAUCGCGCUAAAGGAAGCGCUACCGAAAGCCAGCAGGAGAUGGGUGGGAGGGAGGACAGAGGCCGUGGUCAUGAGGGGCGGGAAGAAGAAGAGUGGUGUGCACUUAUGCCUCCGAAGAAAGGCAGGAGGAAGAAGCAUGGGAGCAUGGAUGGUGGCGGAGGAGACUCGCUUGUGAUUCUUGGAUGUGCGUGCAAGAAUGAAUUGGCUAUGGCGCACUACGCGUGCGCGUUGCGUUGGUUCGUCAGCAAAUCGUCUUCGACGUGCGAGAUAUGCGGCCAGAAGGCAAGAAACAUAAGGACAGAAGAUCUGAGGAGAGUGGAGGUGGCGAUCAAGGAGAGGAGCAGAUUGUUAGAUGGGGGGUUAGUAGGUGAAGGACGAGGCGGGGGGGGAGGAAGACCGCCGGGAGUGGGAGGAGGGAGGAGGGGCCAUCGAGGCUCGGCGCAAGCCUCGACCAUGGGCGAGACGCCCACGGGAGGGAGUGCGACUGUGUUUCCAGAUCUCUUCAUGACCCAAGACGUAAUCGAAGCGGCGGCGUGGUUUGAACCCCGGGGCAGAGAAUCACGAGGGUCAAGAGCAGGAAGACAGUCAGGAGGGGGGGUGGGCGAGAGGAGAGACCUUGAAGCCGAGCUAUUCCCCGCCUCCCCCGCUACUAAACGGAUUGUCGAGGGCACGGCAAUCUUGCUGGCCACUGGCUUAUUGACGCUCACCGUGUCUAAGUUGUUCAAUCCUCUCAUUGGUCAGAGGCUGCGGGACAUAAGAUUCAACUAUAUCAUCGGAGCGGUCUUAGCUGUCUCCAUUGUUGUUUGGUUCCGAGUGGUGGUGCUCCCUCGCAUACAAAGUGGACCAACAAAGUACUGGGCUGUGCUGUUGUUCUUCUGGUUCUUGAUAUUUGGUGUGUGGGGGUUGGGGACGAUGAUACCCCAGCGUAAAGGAUGACAAUAGGGGAAGGAGUAGAGGCGAAAAAGCGUGUGUACGACUGCCUGUUCGCAGAGUCUUUCGGUCGAGAUGCAGGAGGCUUUUGAUCACAUGAUGCACAGGGAAAACAAGUUCUUUCUUUCUGGUGGCAGUGAUUAUUACCCUUGCCUGUCUUGAAGGAGGAAUGAGACGCUGUUGCUUAUCUUUUGCUCUUUCUUUUUUCCGUUUUGUCUAAUAGAGAUGGCGUGCAGGCGAGCAUGACGGUAUAGCACGCACUGAGGGGUUUGCGGAAAGAAAGAUGUGUACGUUUAGCUGCUGGCAUCU